AUGUCUAGACUCCCAGAGACAAUCAUAAAUGACACGGCGUUACCUAGUACGCCAAUUGGCUUCUUUGAGAGGAUGAAGAAGCAGAGGUCAAUGAUGAGUAUGGCAGAGUUCCCACCAGAGGCUCCACCAACAGACAUGGUCACCAAAGUGCUCCAACACACCUCCUCAGAGACAGACAUGCAUUCCAAGCGUAUCCAGAACACUCCAAUCUAUCAAGCUACAUCAACCUCAUCUCCGACUCAUUCUCCGAGUAAGAGUCCGAGUCCAAGUCCGACCAACGCACCAACAUCAACAUCAGCAACAUCAUCAGCAACAGCGACUCCGACUACCACAAAGACAAAGACAAAGAAGAGUCAAGAUGAUGAUGACGAGGGUAUCAUUAUAUUUAGACCAAAGAAUGUUACAAGGUUGACGGCUAAACGACAGGCAUGGGACGACUAUGCCUUCUUGUUCAACAGAGAAGAGGUCCGCGCCUGGCUCGAAGAAUGUUUGGACCAUUCAUUCGACGAAGAGGACCUAUUCCUCGCUCUAAUCGAUGGUAUAUGGCUAUGUAAGCUGGCAAACAUCAUCAAACCAGGUAUUAUCAGGAGGAUACACAAGACCAACUCACCAUCUUAUAUGAAGUUGGAGAACAUCAACUUCUUCUUGUGUGCAUGUCUUGAACUUGGUGUCAAGGCCGACUAUCUAUUCCUGCCAACAGACCUCUAUGAGAAGAAGAACCUCAAGAAGGUGAUCUACUGUCUCCUAGCACUCUCCAUUGAAGGUGGCAAGCGAGGACUUAAACACAAGUUGAGCAUCACGGUGUUCAGCUCGAAUGGACAACAACAAACUGUUGGCCAUCUGCCUUCAUCUGGACCAGGUCAAUCCAAUGCUAUAUUGAGUGGAGGUGGUUCCUCACCAGCUUCAUCAUCAACAUCUUCGUCCUCAUCAUCAUCAACAACAAUGACGAUUGAUAAUGUAGAGGAUAUACCAUUGCCACCUAUGCUAAAGAUGAAGAAGAGAAAGAAGAAGAAGAAGAAGGCAGCUGCUGCACAGCAACAACAGGAGCAGAUGGAACAACAGCUUCAGUUGGAGCAACAACAGUUCGAGAAAGAGCAACGUGAUCAACUGAUGUUGGAGAAACAACAACUCGAGCAGCAGAUGCUUGAGCAACAAGCACUGGAGCAACAAAGACUUGAACAACUGAGGCUAGAGGAGCUGGAGCUCGAGCAACAGAGACUGGAGCAACAAAGACUUGAACAACUGAGGCUGGAGGAGCUAGAGCGCGAGCAACUCGAACAACAAAGGCUUGAGAAACAGAGACUUGAGCAACAAAGGCUGGAGGAACUCGAGCGCCAGCAGUUACUGGAGCAACAAAGGUUUGAGCAACAGAGACUUGAGCAACAGAGACAGGAGGAGCUACAACGUGAACAACAGCUUGAGCAACAAAGAUUGGAGCAACAAAGACUGGAGCUACAGAGACUUGAGCAACAAAGGCAGGAGCAACAAAGGCUAGAGCAACAACAGAGGCUAGAGGAUCUACAACGUGAACAACAGCAACUUGAGCAACAGAGACUUGAUCAACAAAGGUUGGAGCAACUACUAGAACAGCAGAGACUUGAUCAACAGAGCCUUAAGGAGCAACAAAUGUUGGAGCGACAGCGUCAUCUUGAUCAACAAUUGCUAGAGGAGAAACGCGAGCAUGAUAUGAUUGUACAGAGGAGGUUGGAGCAGCAGCAACAGGAGCAGCAGGAUGAGCAAAGGAGAUUGGACCAGCAACAUCAUGAUCAGCAGAUUCUGGAACAACAGCUCCAACAAGAUAAACUCGAGCAACAGAGAAUCGAGAGCCAGAUACUUCUAGAUCAACAACUGCUUGAUCAACAGCGCGAGCAACAACAGAGACAGGAGGAGCAAGCUCGCCAGCAGCUGCUUGAGCAACAGAGACUGGAGGAGCAAGCUCGCCAGCAGCUGCUUGAGCAACAGAGACUGGAGGAGCUAGAGCGCCAGCAGCUACUUGAGCAACAACUACGUGAGCAAAAGAGACUGGAGGAGCAAGCUCACCAGCAGCUACUGGAGCAACAGAGACAGGAGGAGCAAGCUCGCCAGCAGCUACUUGAACAGCAGAGACUGGAGGAGCAAGCUCACCAGCAGCUGCUUGAACAACAGAGACUUGAGCAACAGAGACUGGAGGAGCUGGAGCGUGAGCAGCAAAUCGAACAACAGAGGCUUGAGCAACAGAGACUUGAGGAGCUAGCGCGCCAGCAGCUACUUGAGCAACAGAGACUUGAGCAUCUACAAUGCGAGCAACAGAGACUUGAGGAGCUAGCGCGCCAACAGCUACUUGAGCAACAGCUACUUGAGCAACAGACAACUGCUAUCCAAAUGCAUUCAGAGUUGGAGGUUAGUCAACAAGUCACACUUGAGACAACAACAUAUCAGAUCAACACCUCCACACAAUCAGCUGACAAUGUGGAUAGCCUACAACAUGAUAUACCUGUUGAUAAGGAGACCACUACGGCGAUCCAGUCUUUAGAGUUGGACACUCAAACAGAGAUCACUACUGUUGUUGCUACACAGACCAAGCAUGUUGUCGUCGACCAUCAGGUGAUUGAGUUGAAUCACUCGAGCACCCAAUCAACCUCUCCAAGCGAAGCCGAUUCGCAUGGACUCAUCACUUCUGGGACCGUGGAGCACUCCGACUCUGCUUUGGCAUCAAACACCAGCACCAACACUGACACCAUCAUUAACGAUAUCGAUCACGAUUCUUUGGUCGAGACAGCCAGUUGCGUGUCAACUUCCACGACAGUUGUCGAGACUUCCAAGCAAUGCACCUCUGAGUUGGUCGACACCUCAUCCACAUUCAAUAUCGUCUCGUCGGACCAGAUUGAACACUCAUCAGACGACAGCAGCCAUAUGAGUAUUCAAUCCAACACAGUCACCUCCACUAUAAUCUCCACAUCAGAGCAUGAGAUCACUCAGACACAUGUGUCCAUCGAUUCCAGCUCCAAUGAGAUAUCAUCCAAUCAACAAUCAAAAUCAACCAUUGUAUCCACCGUGAUUGAUUCGGAUGCGACCGAGCAGUCAACUACCAAGGUUGAGACAUUAUCGGCGGUCAAUAACACCACGGCCAUUGCUGAGCAGUCCACAUCAGAGACAGACCCAACAUGCACCAAUGCACAACAGCAACAACAAUCGAACUCUUCACAGCAUGGUCUGGGGGAUAGCAUACUGCCAACAAGUCCAGAGUCAUCAUCACAAUCAACUACUUCACAACAGACUCCUCUCGAGUCCACUUCAAGCCAUUCAAGCUCAGAGUUGCCAUCAAACUUGAUGCUAUCUGAUUCGGAAUUCCCAAAGGAUAGCCUGGCACCACAGUCAGUCGAGACCCAUACAAAGACUCAGACCCAGACCCAGACCCUUCCGCCUCCAAUCUCUCCAGAGACUGCGCGACCCGCACAACCAUCACAAGAAGUCCUAGUCCAAGCAUCAGUGACAGAUGAGACUGUGACCACCUCAAACUGCACAUCCACGACAAUAUCCGCCACCCAAUCAACGAUACAUCAGACUGCAACAAACAUACAGGCGGCUUCAAAGGACGUGUUAACUGUUGCAACAGAAUCUACCUCCUCUACUCCCAGCAACAAUGUCCCUCGAGGAGUUUCCUUGUCCUCUUUCUUGAACCACAAGAGGGAGUACGACGAGGCAAACAAGUAUAGACUGGAGCAACAGCAGAGAAGAUCUACAAUGACCGCACCACUGACCAGUUCGUCAUCCUCCGCAUGGGUGCCAUCUCGACGAUCAAUCGAUGCCAACAUCACAAAGUCCAGCAGCAUUGGCAGCGGAGCCAGCAGCAACAACAGGGGAUCCAUGACCAAGGCCGAGUUUGAUGCAUUGAUCAACACAAAGUUCAACAUUGCCUCUGCAGACGAUGACGAUGAGGACGAUGAGGAGGACAGUGACGACGAUGAUGAAGAUGACGACAGCGAUGACAGCAACGACAGUUCCGAGGACUUCCAAUCUUCCAUCUCUGGUGCCGAUGUCAUGAAGAUCAUGAACAGUGUAGUCGAUGAUGAUGACAUGGAGAUCAUUGCCAUGGAUGAGACUGAUCUUCUAAUCCAAUCACUCAACUCUGAAGAGUUUGAUGACAAUGCCACAUCAUUGGAGGACACCACCAUCUCCACCGCCACUGCCAAUGCCACGACCACAUCUUCAACAACAUCCAACAAUGUACAGAAACAUCAUUCAAACGAGGCCAGCAUCAAUCUUCAUGAGCAGUUCUUGAAGUCAGUGACCACUGACACCUCACCUGAUCGAUCAGGUGUCGAGACUGAUUCAGUGGGUGACAGCGAUCAUGGUCAUGACGACACUUCGAUAUCAACAACCAUUUCACAAUCAAGUCAAGGAGGUGCUACUUCCAUGACUGAUGACCAGUUGACAACAUCUACAUCGACUACUACACACGCCAGCACUGUUGAUUCAGUUCAGCAGGAGCAUUCUGGUACUACAUCUACUACUUCUUCACAGGCCAGUUCCACAACGACAAAGACCGCUGCCGCUGCCGCCAUCACAUCUACCAAGUCGACUACUGCUAUAUCCAACAGCAAUGUAUCAUCCCCAAUGGCUGGAGUUGGAUCACCAAUCACACCAAAGACCUCAUUGUUGAGGCGACCAAUGUCUAGGCAAUCCUCUCCCCUGGCAAGCCCCUCUGUCACUGUCAACACUCCCUCGCCAUCGUCCACCUCCACCACCUCCACCUCCACAACUACGACAACGACAACUCCCAUUGCCACCACGACUACCACACCAAUGCCCUCACCACCACGUCCGAAGACACCAAUGGCCAGCAAGUUGCCCCCACUUAGACCCUUGUCGCGACAGUCUGCCCUCGUGCCCGAGAUCAAACAGAGCAAUAUCACCAACCCUGGAGCAGUCGAGACCAUCACAACCAUUACAACGACCAUUGUUACCACGGUGGUUGAGGAGUCACCCACCAAGAAGCCUGCUGGCGCAUUGACUGAAGCUGAAGACCCCAUUGUUGACUUUGGCAGCGAACUAGAUGUCGACCUCGAUCUCGACAAUGAUGUGAAGGCUGACAAUGACGACACAAAACAGGCUGACAUGGUCCAGAACAAGGACAUUGAGCGCAAGGACUACUCGUACCAUCGCACCUUCCACUCAGUGACCAACCAUCCACCCUACAAGCCACUGGCCAACGACAACACAGACAAGACAUUCGCACAUUUCUUGAACAACACGAUGAAGAGUGUGCUACCGCCAUCCAUUGUGCUCCCUAGCAACAUCCAACGUAUCGCGCCCAACAAGUACAAGUGGGGCGACACGGUCGUCAACAUGAAGUGCGUCAACAACAUCAUUGUGGUGCGUGUGGGUGGUGGAUGGAUGACACUGAAGGACUUCCUCAUCCGCUACAACUCAGUGAUCAUGGCUGCAGACAUUGACAAGGUAGUGGACAUGGACCAGGACGAGAUGACCAAGAUGCAGAUUCAAAAGACGUUCGUUGGGGAGAAUGGCGAGGUUAAGACAUCGCAGAACCGCUCGCCCUCGCGCACUGGACGACCAGUGGUCAAGGCCACCAAGACCAUACUACGAGCGGGCACCCCCAUUCCUGGCCAGGGACCAUUGCGAGCAGGUACACCACUGCCGAACUCCAUACGCUCAGGUACACCUCUGCCUCCCAACUCCAAGUCUCCUCAACUGCCAGGCAGUGACAGCAUCGAUUACAAACUUGGUACACAUCGCACUCAAGUGUCAUCGGGAACACCACAUCGAGACUUUUCAAAGACCAUGGUGCAGCCAUCGACUGCAUCACCAAAGUUGAAGCCCGCUGUGCCACCAAGAUCAACAGCAACGACGACAGCAACAGGUACACCUACCAAGGCGCCAAUCAAACCCGCGCCAGCCAAACCAUCGCCAUCGUCAUCAUCAUCACUCUCGAGGACUAUGCCAGCAUCAUCGUCCUCAGCUUUGAAGUCACCAACCAGCAGUACAACUACCAGUAGUAGUACAACCAAACCAUCAACAACAAGUGGAACUAAAACGCCAACCUUGUCAACAACAACCAAACUAUCGACGACUCUAUCUUCAACAUCAUCAUCACCAUCAUCGACCACCACAACCACUACCAAAUCACCAUCGAUAUCCAAGUCAAUAGCAUCCAGUAUAUCACCAUCAGCAAUCAGUUCCAAGACCAAAUCACUGUUGGGAAUCAAGAGCAAAGACAGUACAACCACUGCCACCAAGAAAUAA